AAGCGGCUUCUUGAUGUUGGUCCAUUUUGUCCUUUGGAAAAGACUUAUGUAGCGGCCAUUGGAAUCGUCGGGUGUGCUUCGCUCAGUCAUCUGGUCGUGAUUAGCAUGGACCGAUUCAUUGCCAUUAAAUAUCCCUUGAGGUACCAGGACAUUGUCACAGUAAAGAAGAUAGUAAUCAGUAUUAUCCUAGCCUGGGCUAUGACACUUCUUGUGACAAUUAAUGAAACUGUUUUGGCUUCAAUAGACAGUGAAGGGAAAAUCUACUCACUUUUCUUUAACGUGACUUUAAUAAUAAAUCUUAUCAUCGCAACUUUCUUCCUUGCUGCCAUUUCACUCUCAUACGGUUACAUUUACUCAGAAACUCGCCGGCAGAUUAAACGUCUCAAAGCCGAACAGUUACCUCAAGAAGAAACUGAAAAAGUCAAAAAAGACCGCAAGGCAGCUGACACUUUGUCAAUCAUUCUUAUUGCUUUAGUGAUGACCUAUACACCAAUAAUACUGGCUACAGUUGCUGCUUCUCUAAACAGCAACGUGAUACCGCCGCGUUUUCUAAUCAUCUUAAUGAGCUGGGCAAAAACUUUUGUUAUGUUAGGUUCUCUUUGUAAUCCUAUUAUUUACUGCUGGCGAAUGAAGAAGUUACGGCGCGCAUUUCUCGAGGUACUACAUCUGCGACAACCUGAGAACGCUGUGCCAGACUUUCACCGCCAUCAUAUUGAAACGGCACCAAAUACGAGCGCGGCUGUCUCAUUACCCGCAGUGGCACAACCAUCAAUUGAGUAG